AUGGAGUCUCCUGAUUCCAAUGGCGGUUCCAAUGGCGCGUCCGACGACACUCCCGAGCAAUCCUCUGUAACUCAGGGCAAUGCCGACGCAGAGGCCGAUGCAAAUAACCCGCCCGAUGGAACCAACGCGGCUGAACCGAGGAAGACGCGUCGCCGGGGACGACAGGCCAAAGACCCCCUCGGACAGUCUUUGUUUUUCAAGGUCCAGAGAGCCGAAGACUUGGAAACGAAACUCCGCGAGUAUCUGGCUGAUCCCACUGGAGAUCCCGAACAUACGACUCUAGAGUUUUCAUUCCCAGUCACUGCCGCAUUCAUGGUGUCUGCCAGAGAACCAAAAGGUCCUAGUGCUCACGACAAAAGGAUCCCCUAUGUGUACAGCGCAUUCAACAAGACUGCUGUUAGUGUUAUUGACGCUUUACAUACUAUCAAGGACCCGAAGGAUCAGAUGCUCAUGCAAAAGGCAAUUUCCAAGACUCUGGUCGAGACGGUUCAACAAGCAGAUGGAUAUCGUUACAGCUUCCACAACCACUGGAUCAGCCGAGAAGAUCAGGCUAGCAGGUUUUCGUACUUCUGCAACGACUCUGUGCUAAACAAAGGCAGAGCGGCCAAUGAAGGAGCUGCUAAAGUCAGAAUGGGAGUCAAGAUCAGAAAGCCGGUGUACGAGUGUCAAGGACUUAUUUCCAUCAAGUUUUCGGUCUCGAAGAUGAGUCUGGAGUUAUACUAUAAACACGUCCCGCUCCAUCAGACUUACGAGGAACGGGCUCCGCCGCCGCGCAAGGACAGCAAACGGAGAAAGCUGCUGGAGAUUUUCCAUCCGGAAAAGCUGCCGAAGCCAAAAGAAAAAAAGAGGAAACCGGAGGCUCCACCGCAUCCGGCCUCGUCAUUGAGACGGAAGCGUCGUGCUACAGAGCCGUUGCCUGAAACUGAGACCGAACCGCGGCCACAGAAUGCCCGGGAAAGCAGCUUGCAACCCUUGUUUGACUUUCUAGGGUCUGCUGGCCGGCUUGAAGAAGAACAACCCACACCGACUCUGCCAGAGCAGACGGAAACUGAAGGAAGUGCGGCCGGCCCAAACCCAGCAAAUGUUCCACACAGCACUAGUGAAGAGAUCACAUCUCAUACUCCAGAUGGGACUUCGUUGGAAGCAUCAACGCAACGGAAAAGCAAGAAUAUAUAUCCCGGCAUGAUGUCUGGGUACAUGUCCGGCGAUCACCUCACCUGGGGCCGCAGGAAAGUGAUCAAGGUGCAUCGUGGGUCGCGACGCAGAGUGACAGCAUCUGUUCCUGAACACACAACGGAAGUCACUACGACUCCCACCCCCGCUCCUGCUGAGACUGCUCCUCUGAUCCAGAGUGUAUUCAGCCCUCCAACUGAGGUAGACCUUCUGAUGGCCAGACUUCAAGAGGCAGAGCGGAAGAUUCGAGACCUUGAAGCAGAGAAAAACAGAGCAGCAGCCCCGAUCACAUGGACUGCGCAACAGCAUCCACGACCACCACCACCACCACCUCAUGUCGGAGUCUCUCAUCCCUUCUACCCUCCACCACAUUUUCAGUAUCCCCAACCACAAUGGCAGUAUUCUCCUCAUCCGCCUACCCUACGUCAACCGCCAGGGCCUGAGCCUUCCCGUCGCUCUCAAGGGCCGGGGUGGCCUCCACCACAGUCGGCGCCUCCCCGACCGGACCUGGCACCUGUAGCGCCACCCCCGAUGACCCCAGCACCAUCACUCACGGCGGUACAAAUUCCGGAACCUACACCAACACCAGCAGUGCUUCCCUCGGCGGUGUCCACACCAGCACCGACACCGAACCAAUCUUCGCAAGAUGGCGCGCCGUUGUAUGGGUUCGUCCCGAGUCCCGAAAAGAUCGCGCCAAGUUCGCCUGUUCCCCCGCCAGGACCGUACCGGGCUCCGUAA